AUGGAUGGAACAAAUGAUGUUGAUGAGUUUGAAAAAUAUUUCCAAAAAGCCUCAACUCAGAUGACUAAUGUUCAGUUAGAAGAAAUAGAAAGCAACAUACAACGAAGAGGUAGUCUUCCUGAAUCACAAAAAAAAUCUAAAAAAAAGUCGAAAAACAAACACAGUUCAAGCAUCAAGUUGAUGGAAUCGGAUUUGCAGCCUUCUUCAGCCUACAACGAAUACUUGAGUGUGUCCAGCAGACAAACGCGAACUUCCAUUUCUAACCCAAGUGAUGCGCAUACUCUUCUGUUGAGGCCAACCAACCAACAAACAAAUCAAUCCCUAUCGGCUUCGAACAGUCGUUCAAAUUUAUUCACAAGAAGAAGUUCGCAGUCGAAGCUUCAGCAGAGUGAAUUUUUGGCGGUUGCUGACACGCAGCACUAUCGAAGGGCUAGUCUUACUCCCGAAGAACAAACAGAAAACAAACUUGAAGAAAUAAAAAAAGUCCAAAAAGACGGAGGUUUAAUUGUGAGAUCGUUUCUUACUUCUCCAAAAGGGUUGGUAAACAGAGGCGACUCUUUCAAGAAGCAGUCGGAUAAAAGGGAAUCCCUCGGUGUAAAUACAAAACAGGAUGGCUCAAAAAUACUGCCUCGUAGAUUUUCUGAUGUGGGGAAGAGAGCAUCCAUCCCCGUAGCCACAUCAGCAACAAUUUCUGACCUCAUCAACGCCAACGUUAUGUCUUCCUCGAACGACGACGAGGCAAUCAGUUUGGAGCCGAGAACAUCAAUAAGCUGUGAACCAACAGCUGGGCGAUUUAGUCAACGACAUCAAUUUGUUGCACGUCCUUCCAUAGAAAUCACAAAAUGCUAUCUCCCUGAUGAACCACACACGCCAGAAAUGAUGACUGAUGAUUCGACAAAAAACACAUUUUCAUUCUCGAAAACAAGUUGUUAA